AUGGAGCCGGAGAGAUCUCUGGCUCUGGUCGGCACGAGCUCCACGGCAACGUCUAUGGGCCAGUCGGGAAGCAUCGGGUCUCUGCCUGGGGCGACCUUCAUCUUGGGAGACCUAUGCCAGAAGCACGGCCAGGGUGUGCUGAACAAGACCGACGGCACCCAGUACACUGGCAGCUGGGCCCAUGGUCUCUAUUCCGGCGAGGGCACCUUGUCCUUGCCUAGUGGAGAGAGGUAUGUUGGUGGCUUCAGAGCACACAAAUUCCACGGACGUGGGGUUCAUGACCAGCCGAGCAAGGCAAUGCACUACGAGGGCCAUUUCGAAGUUGGCCUUCGCCACGGUUAUGGGGAGCUCCAGGAGAGGGACGGAGCCUCCACUUACGUCGGAGAUUUCCAGGCUGGUCGGCGGCACGGUGUGGGCAAGGCCUGUGAUCAGGUCAGCGGAAUCUCCUACGAGGGUCCAUGGGUGGAGGACCAACCCGAGUGUCCAGCGGCUGCAUGGGAUCUUUGUCCCGUCGAUGCCGAGGAGUCGUACCUGGCAGUGGCGGAGCUUCUGAAGGAAGAGGCGGCUAACCAGCUGGCGGCGUCCAACCCCAAGGACAAAAAGAAGGGCAAGCCGCCCCCCCCGGUCGACACCACGGGUGCUGGGCCGGAGCUCAAGGGCCUCAAGGGCCAGGCCCUGCCAGAAACCGUGGUGCGCUUGGUGGAUGCCAGCAAGGCCGUUGUUCCUGCAGAAGUCGGAAGGCGUUUCCGCAUUACCAUGUACAAGGAGCGCAGGGGUUCGGAGGAUCCAGAAGAAGUUCUGCGAAGGCCAGUAAAUUUCGGCGACCUGAGGCAGACGCUUUGGCACAAGGCAACCUGGGCCUCCGAGCAGGUGGCCCAUUCCUCCCAUUCCUCGUCACCGCCGCCAUGGCUUUUAAGCUGUACUGCCGCUGAAUGCGGCCGGAUUGACAUUAUCGACCACUUGAUUGACAUCAUCUUUCACAAGAUUGCCAAUAUCUGCUGUGUCAGGGACUGCCUCAUUUCCUGCUGGUCAUUCGAGGAACCAGACCCAUGGGAAGACCAGUAUUUCGAGGAGCGCCGCGAGAAAGUGCGGGCAGCAAUGCCACAGCUCGAUAUCUCCGACGUUGCAAAGCCAUGCAAGUUCAUCAGGGACGCUUAUGCGCAGCGGCUUACACCGUUGCUCAGCCCGCCUUCAUCGUGUACGCCCGAUGCGUCCAUGGCGGCCAACUGUUUGUAUCAUCGGACCAUCCACGACGCUGCGUUUUCUAUCCUGGAGGAUGCUAUGUUUCGAGGGCACGGGAAGGAUCACUGCUACUUCUCAGGAGGUCCAUUUGAGGACGAGAAGGUGGAGUCAGGAUGUGAGAUUUUCAUGACGGAAUCAGAUCUUAGUCUCUGGUCGCGAACAGGGGGGGCCUACGCCGCAGAUUAUUAUGGUCAAGGCGAUGAAAGCCCGGCGAGAGCCGAGGCCGAUGAACCCAUCGACAUCGUUUUGGGCCAAGGAAGCUCUUCUGCUGACGCGCCAACUGAUGAUCCACAACAGCCCCCGCUUCCUGCUGCAACCGAAGGAACCCUGGCUAUUCUCGAUGCGGUCCCGCCGAUUGAAGUCGACUUGAAGGAACCUGAACGGGAAAGGAAUGCCACCGAUGAGUCAAUGCCCUCCGUAACGGAGGGGCCGACAGUCGAUGAUGGCACGCUGAUUACCCCAAGCAACCUUACCGCGACGACUUCCUACAUCAGCAAUACAACUGCUACACAUGUGGUGAAUGAUGUUGAUGGCGUGCCAGUUGAAACCUACAGUGAAAAGGUCAAGCCGCCGGAGCCCAUUCCUUCUGGCGGGACAGAGGAUCAGGCCAACCAGUACGUUCCUCGGAACGUGUUGCUUGCUGCCAUUGCCCAGCCCUUCGUCUUGAAGGACUUUGUCAAGAAUGUGGCACCUCCACCUACGACGUGUCAGGCCGAGAAGGGAACAGGCAAAGAAGGGAAAAGGCCGGUGACCGCAAUUGGAACUGGGAUGGCCGCGAUUGGAACGCUGGUCUGGGUGGAACAACAGGUUAGGUAUGUUGAUCCUUUGGAUGAGGCAGAUGCACCCAAAGCUGCACCCAAGAAGGGCGGCAAGUCUUCGCCGGUACCCGAUGAGGACGCUGAGCCUCCCAAUCCGGGCGUCGAAGAGCUGGAGGGCCGCAUCGAGGAGGGCGGCCGGAGUAUCAUUGGAGGUACUGACGAGUGGCUCCUCCCAGUGCACCUGCAGCCUGCGCUGUACUGGUUGAGGUUGGAGGACGUGACGGAGCUGGAGGGGAGCAUCUGGCCACGGCUGGAGCCUCUAGAAUUACCCUUCCGCGUGGAGUGA